UGAGUGUUUCUCCCGGGACGUCCCGGUGAAGGAGGGGCAGUAGUGGUGUGGUUACCCCCCUGCAUGCUUUGACAGUUGUGAGGGAACUCAGAGUGUGCAAAAAAAAAAAAAAAAACUCCUAAACACGGAGAGCUGAGCUACGGGAAGCGCGCGCAGGAGUCUCGUGCCAGUGCAACUUUGGGCACUCAUGCGUGUUUUUGGACUAUUUAUGAGAUUAUUCCACGUCUGUCCUCUGAGUUUGGUCGGAAACUUCGUUUUUGGGACGCGCUGGGGGACCACUCUCUUUCUUUCCCCUUUUACAUCCACGCACGAGCGGUUAAUCUCGUGAACAGGAGUAAUCCAGUAGCUGAUUGGGGGACGGACACACCUGAAAGUCUCUCUUCCUGCUGUCAGACACACCUGAGAGAGAGAGAGAGCGACAGAUAGACAGAGAGAGAGACAUGUACACAGCAGUCCUGCUCUCCUCCUCUCUGUUUCUCCUGCAUGUGACCUGCACGCCUCAGAUUCACGGUCACCACGGGAGGAGAGUGUGUGUUGGAGAUGCGUGGAGUCGUCGUGUGUCCUACAGCACAGAGUCGUUCCUUCAGCCUGUACACAAACCCUACAUCACCAUGUGCCAAAACCACCGCAUGUGUAGCACGUACAAGACAAUCUACAGGGUUUCGUACAGGCAGGUGAGCAGAGCAGCUCCUAAUGUACACAUUUACCCAGAAUGCUGUCCUGGAUGGCGACGCAUACAUUCACACAACUGCAACCAAGCGGUUUGUGAGCAGUCAUGUGCAAAUGGAGGGUCAUGUAUAAGGCCUAAUCACUGUGCAUGUCCGAAAGGAUGGAUGGGACGAUACUGUCAAAUAGAUGUGGAUGAGUGUAAAGAAGGUCAUCGCUGCUCACAGAAGUGUGUGAAUACGCUGGGGAGUUAUCGGUGUGUGUGUCAGGAGGGAUUCAGUCUGGCUGAAGAUGAAAUAACUUGUUCAAGAAUUCCUCCCCCCUCCCCGCCGCCAGUCGCUCCUCCAAAACCAGACGGUCGCUCAUCCAGUAGCGAUGCUGGUGGAGGUUUGGGAUUGGUGGAGAACGUUACCGAAGAAGUUCAGAUGCUUAAAAACAGAGUGGAGCUCCUUGAGCAGAAACUAGAGAUGGUUCUGGCUCCCUUCACCACGCUCUUCCCCUUGGAUGGUGUGGGAGACAGUAACAGCUUCCUGCCUGAGAGGACCAACUUCCUGUCGCAUUCUCUGCAGCAACUAGACCGUAUCGACUCGCUCAGUGAGCAGGUCGGAUUCCUGGAGGAGCGUAUUGGAGCCUGUGCCUGCCAGGAAAACUAGAUGAUCAUUCAAAGAUGGGCUGGAUCCAAGUGAAACCAAUAUCUGAUGUCUAAAUGAACAACUGCAGCACUGAUCAAAGGGUCUGAACCAUUUUAACAUGUUCAAUCAACUCAAAGAGCAUGAAGGGAAGCACAAUGUCAAACUUCUGUUUGGCCAAAAUGGAGUUUUAUGGCGGAUGACCGGGUGCUUUGAUUGUUUCGUAAUGUUUUUCAGUGUAUUUCUCACAUUUAAUCUUGGUGUAAGUGCAGCUGUAUGGUCUCUCCAUGUGUAAGUUUGGUAUGUAAAUUUAUAUAUUUAUAAUUCCAUGUUCUUCUCCUGAGUAUUUCUAUUGUGGGAAAAAAAAAAAAAAAAAAAAAAAAAAUUGUAUUUUCUUUUUUAAAAUACCAUUUUUUUAUGUUUACAUUUUUUUUUUAAAUAAAAUUGCUUAAACUUUAAAUGUUUGAGUGUGUUGUUCACAAAGUUUACAAUUUGUACAAAAUUUUGUACUGUAUAUACACUAUUGCCAAAAGUAUUGGGACACCCCUCCAAAUCAUUGAAUUCAGGUGUUCCAAUCACUUCCAUGGCCACAGGUAUAUAAAAUCAAGCACCUAGGCAUGCAGACUGUGAAAGAAUGGGUUGCUCAGGAGCUCAGUGAAUUCAAGCGUGGUACCGUGAUAGGUUGCGACCUGUGUAAUAAGUCCAUUCAUGAAAUUUCCUCACUACUAAAUAUUCCACACUCAAAUGUUAGUGGUAUCAUAACAAAGUGGAAGCAAUUGAGAACAACAGCAACUCAGCCACAAAGUGGUAAGCCACGUAAAAAUCACAGAGCGGGGUCAGCACAUGCUGUGCAAGUGUGCAGAAGUCGCCAACUUUCUGCAGAGUCAAUAGCUACAGACCUCCAAACUUUGUGUGGCCUUCAGAUUAGCUCAAGAACAGUGCGUAGAGAACUUCAUGGAAUGGGUUUCCAUGACCGUGCAGCUGCAUCCAAGCCUUACAUUACCAAGUGCAAUGCAAAGCGUCAGAUGCAGUGGUGUAAAGCACGCCGCCACUGGACUCUAGAGCAGUGGAGACGUGUUCUCUGGAGUGACGAAUCACGCCUCUCUGUCUGGCAAUCCGAUGGGCGAGUCUGGGUUUGGCAGUUGCCAGGAGAACGGUACUUGCCUGACUGUAUUGUGCCAAGUGUAAAGUUUGGUGGAGGGGGGAUUAUGGUGUGGGGUUGUUUUUCAGGGGUUGGGCUUGGCCCCUUAGUUCCAGUGAAAGGAACUCUUAAUGCUUCAGCAUACCAAGACAUUUUGGACAAUUUCAUGCUCCCAACUUUGUGGGAACAGUUUGGGGAUGGCCCCUUCCUGUUCCAACAUGACUGCGCACCAGUGCACAACGCAAGGUCCAUAAAGACAUGGAUGAGCGAGUUUGGUGUGGAGGAACUUGACUGGCCUGCACAGAGUCCUGACCUCAACCCGAUAGAACAACUUUGGGAUGAAUUAGAGCGGAGACUGCGAGCCAGGCCUUCUCGCCAACAUCACUGCCUGACCUAACAAAUGUGCUUCUAGAAGAAUGGUCAAAAAUUCUCAUAAACACACUCCUAAACCUUGUGGAAAGCCUUCCCAGAAGAGUUGAACGCUUAUAUAGCUGCAAAGGGUCGGCCAACUCCAUAUUAAAUCCUACGGAUUAAGAAUGGGAUGUCAUUAAAGUUCAUGUGCACGUAAAGGCAGGCGUCCCAAAACUUUUGGCAAUAUAGUGUAUUUUGGAGAAAAAAAAAGUUCCAGAAGUUUUCUUAAUUUGACAAUCUUCUUUUUACUAUGGAGGCAAAACAGUCUCAAAAUUAAUUUACAAAAUAUGCCAAAAUAUGCAAACAGUAAUUCAAAAACCCAUAAUUAGGUUAUAUAAUUAUAUAUAUAUAUAUAUAAAAAAUCCAGAUGCAUUCUGUAAGUUGUAACUUCUUCCUGAUGUCAGACUCCAGUUUGAACAAUGUAAGGCGGAACACCGUUACUGAUAACCAACAUUUUGGCUGCGUGAGAUUCUCCAGCUUUGUUGUUGUUGAGCAACCAAAGCACGAGCUGUUAAAGUUCCGCCCUCUUCUGGAAAGGGGGCCGGGAACAGCAGCUCAUUUGCAUUUAAAGGGACAUGCAAAAACAGGAUCGGGUUAGUCACUUAGUUCAGAUAGGUAGGGUUAGGGUAAGGAGAUAGAGAUUGCAUUGUGUCAAUGAAUGUCCUCACAAAGAUAGAUGUACAUAAGUGUGUGUGUGUGUGUGUGUGUGUGUGAAAAACAAAUGAAGAGAUACACAGAUGACAUCAAGAACAAAUCCUAACAUUCCUAUUGGAAAAACAGACGAUUUUAUUGACUCUUUGUCCUAGAUGUUCUUAACACAGGUCGCAUCCAGAUUCUACCACAAUCAACAUUUUUAUAUAACCAUCGUCUUAAAUGACUUUACAGAUUUUACAAUGGGCUUCAGUUCAUUUGUGUGUCUGGUCACCAUACAAACACAAAGGACCACACACACGCACAUACACACACACACACACACACACACACACACACGCAUACACAAGGCUGCCCAUGAAAUGUCUGACAGGUUCAUCUAACGGAUCUUAUAAUCAGAGCUUUUACAAGCUUCACUUGUUUUACAUCCUUAAUAGCUUUGGUGAAAAUCUCACAACACCUUGUACACACUUUUGUACAUUGAUUCGUGUACGCAGCACGGUUUUCAGUUAGCAGGGCAAAAAUUACAUUGAAAACAAAGGAAAGGGGCUUAUAAAAUCUGUGACCUAAUACACAACAUAAAAGUAUUCAAUAAUUGCAUCAGUGUUUAAAUUUAUACUACUGGUGGUAAUAAUAAUAAUAAUCACUCUGCCUAAUUUGGACAUUUAGCAAUAACCAACUCAAACUUUUCAAAUCCAAGUUCUGAAACGCUUUCAGCUCAACAAGCCAUAAUAAUGUAAUGUGUACAGUACAGACCUCUUAAAUAAUAUUGUACAUAUUAUAUUAAGGAUGUUACACAUUCUUAAACAAUAAGAACCGCAACACCAAGCAUUAAAUAUAAGAUUCAACAAUGCAGCGCAAUUAGAAACGUCUUUGAAAUAAUUACAAAUAUUUAAUUUCCUGCAAUAAGCUGGUGAUACAAUCCGUUUAAUAAAUAGGUGUUAAAUAAUUGGUCAUUCUGAGAUUAAAUUGUGAACAUUUUCAAAUAUAUUUCAUCAUUUUUCAUAUGGACUUCCUUGGUAAAACUUAAGGUUUAAGAUGAAGUUUAAUAUCUGAUCUAAGAAGGAUCUGCGAUUUUCUAGAGCGCCAUCAUGUUUCUAUAUGUCGAUAUCCACUUAAAAAAAAAAAAAAAAAAAAAAAAAAAAUAA